GAGGAUUUGGCGUGGUGUUGAGGUUUGCAUAUAUCUAAGAAGGUAAGGACAUUAUUGGGCAAAAUGGGUAUCUUCAAAAGUAGAGAGGUGAAAAAGACGGCUUCCAUAUUGUGACAAUAUCAUUGAUGGUGAUGAUGCAGGAAUAUUCAUUACUAGCGGCCGUUGAUCCUGUCCUCCCCUCCCUCUCUGUCUGCCUGCCUGUCUGUCUUCUCAGAAUCAUUAAAAUAGUUACAAGAUGGGGGACCUCCCCCACGUCCUAUCAUAGGUUCUCAAUUAGGGAUGAAGAUGUUGACCUCGUUCUGUUGUCUCUUCUCCAGAUACUACUUGCUACUGUUUACUUCCACGUUCACUCUCGUGAUUCAGAUGCAUGGCAUUCUGCUUGUUGACGCCUCGUGUCGUUACUCAUAUACCGCGGUAUCCACACGCGUCAGAGGGACGCUCAUCGCUAGC